AUGGCAACUUACUGUUCACAACUUUUGCCAAGAAAACAAUCGACAAACACAAACCAAAUCAAAAAACAUGAUAGUGACAAGUUGAAUACACCUUUUACCGUGGCAACAUGGAACGCUGGAACGUUGUACCAGAUUGAAAAAUUUGAAAACGUAGAACAAGAAAUGAAAAGAAUGAAUCUCAGCAUUCUACGUUUGAGCAAAACUUGGUGGAAAAAAUCGGGUAUCAUUACCUUUGAAAAAGGCAAAUUUAUUUACUCUGGAGAUGAUUCACACAAACGAGGAUUAGGCGUACUUUUGAACAAAGAAUUGUCUGAAAAUUUAGAAGGCUUUUGGGCAGUGUCAGAUAAAGUUUAG